AUGGGUCUCAAGUCCUUCUUCGCCACCAUCACCUCCGGCUGGGAAGACUGGCGCAUCCUGUUGGCCGCCCGCGACGAUGAUGACGACGACUACAACUUCACCUCGGGCACGCGCAGGGGUGCCGACUACAACUUCACUUCCGGCCCCCGUCGCGGCUACGAACUCGAUCACGACGACGAAGAAGAGCACGAUGACCGCUCCGAGACCACGAGGACACCCAGCACCUCUUCAUAA